GCUCCGUCCUGCACACGCACUCAGAUUUCUGUUUGACAGCGAUGCUCGAGUUUAGCGCGACUUUAAAACUGAGCAGCUCAGAGAAGUUCGCGUGCAGACAGGAAACGGUGCAAGAUGGGGAAGCAGCAGGGAGGACGCGCGAGUGCAUAGGCUUUUAAAAGACGCAUGGGCUGAGCUUGGUGCCAUUGCGCACAACUUCUUGAACGGCGGACUGUCCCGAGUGGGAGCAGAGAUGGCGAUGCCGAGCAGUUCUUUCGUUCUUUUUACGCAGUUCUUGCUUUAUUUGAAGGUGACACAUUGCAUGGAGGUCGAUUUCUGCAGACCUGUUCGCCUGAGUCAGAAAAAGCCCGGAGUGUAUUUGCACCGGCGCGCCGAGCAGAUGAAUGAAGAUGAGAUCGUGUUUAGACUUCGUGCAUUCAGAGAGGAUUUUUACCUCCAUCUGUCUCCAGAUUCCAGUUUCAUUGCAGCUGGGAGUGUUUCAGCACCCGACACCUUUGCAGGCUCUGAAUUCAGGGAAUGCUUCUACUCCGGCUAUGUCAACGCAGACCCCGACUCCUUUGCCGCGCUGAGCCUGUGCAAAGGCCUGCAGGGGGGAUUCUUCUAUAACGGCGUGGAAUAUUUUAUUAGCCAGACCGAGACUGAAAACGCAGGGGCCGCUUCUGUGCGUGGAAACUCCUUCGACAGGACGCAUAUCAUUCGCCGCCGCAGACGCCCAGCGCACUCAGCUGGAAACUUUACCAGCAGGUGUGAAGUUCCACCUGACACCAACUUCACCGUCUCCCUGGAGAGAUACAAGUACAUGAGAGAACUGGAGACGGACGGCUUGACCGAGACUGUGCUCAAUUCCUUGGGGAGGUCUAAGAGGUUCGCCGCCGUCCCCAGGUUUGUGGAGGUGCUGGUUGUGGCAGAUGAAUCUAUGGCUAAAUUUCACGGGGAUGGCCUAAAGCAUUACGUUCUGACCCUCAUGUCAGUAGCAGCCAGGCUUUACAAGCACCCCAGCAUCCUCAACUCCAUAAACAUAGUGGUGGUGGGCUUCAUGGUGAUAAACGACGAUGACAAGGGACCGAAGGUUUCCAGUAAUGCUGCUCUGACUCUGCGCAACUUCUGCUCCUGGCAGAAGAAGUUAAAUAAACACAGUGACAAGCACCCCGAGUACUGGGACACAGCCAUUCUGUUCACCAAACAGGAUCUUUGUGGAGCCACGACCUGCGAUACGCUGGGGAUGGCUGAUGUUGGGACCAUGUGCGACCCGAAGAGGAGCUGCUCCGUCAUCGAGGAUGACGGCUUACCCUCGGCUUUCACGACUGCUCAUGAACUUGGCCACGUUUUCAACAUGCCCCAUGACAAUGUGAAGGCAUGUGAGGAGGUAUUUGGGAAACUAAAGGACAACCACAUGAUGUCUCCCACGCUGAUUCAGAUAGACAGGAGCCGACCCUGGUCUGUGUGCAGUGCAGCCAUCGUUACCGAGUUCCUGGACAGAGGUCACGGAGACUGUCUGCUGGACCAGCCUCAGAAGCAGCUGACACUGCCCGACAACCUGCCCGGCUCCAGCUACAGCCUGCACCGUCAGUGUGAGCUUGCAUUUGGCCCCGGCUCCAAACCCUGCCCUUACAUGCAGCCCUGCUCCAAGCUGUGGUGCACGGGAAAGGCCCGAGGACAGCUGGUCUGCCAAACUCGACAUUUCCCCUGGGCCGAUGGCACAAGCUGUGGCAACGGCAAGGUUUGCUACCAGGGGGCUUGCUCUGUGAAGAACAGCACUGAGCACAUCAAGGUCGAUGGUCGGUGGGGGAAGUGGGGUUCAUUUGGUGACUGUUCCAGAAGUUGUGGAGGCGGAGUUCAGCUGGCAAGAAGACAGUGCAACAACCCUGUCCCUGAAAACGGAGGCAAAUACUGCUACGGCCUUCGUGUCAAGUACCGUUCCUGUAACCUCAGCCCUUGUCCUGACACAGAUAAAAGCUUCCGCGAGGAGCAAUGCGAGGCCUUCAACGGCCUAAACCUGAACACCAAUCGGCUGGGCUCGUCUGUGGUUUGGGUUCCCAAAUAUUCAGGCAUCUCUCCCAAGGACAAAUGCAAGCUCAUCUGCCGUGCCAAUGGGACUGGAUACUUCUACGUCCUUGCUCCAAAGGUUGUGGAUGGGACACCCUGUUCCCCGGACACUACGUCUGUGUGCGUUCAGGGAAAAUGCAUCAAGGCAGGCUGUGACGGCAAGCUGGACUCUAACAGGAAGUUUGAUAAGUGUGGUGUAUGUGGUGGGGACAACCAAGGCUGCAAGAAGGUCUCAGGAUUGUUCACCAAGCCAGUCCAUGGCUACAACUUUGUGGUGAUGCUGCCCGUUGGGGCGUCCAACAUUGACAUCCGUCAACGGGGCUACCGAGGAAUGGUCAGCGAUGAAAACUACUUAGCCGUGAAGAACCGCCACGGGAAGUACCUCCUGAACGGCAACUACGUGGUGUCAGCUGUUGAGCGUGACCUGCUGGUGAAGGGCAGCCUGCUGCGCUACAGCGGUACCUCCACAUCUGUGGAGAUCCUUCAGGCCACCAGACCCCUGGUGGAGCCUCUGACUGUGGAGGUGCUCUCUGUGGGGAAGAUGACUCCUCCCAGAGUACGCUACUCCUUCUACAUCGCUAAGGAGAGCAAGGAGGAGAAGACUCUGUGGAAAGAAGAAAAAAGUCAUAAAUCACAGAACAGCGUCUUGGCUGAUAACAACAAAAUUGAGUCUAAGAAGCAGGUGAUGGGGAAGAGACCCGUGAGUCACUGGGUGACAGGUGGAUGGGAUUCGUGCACAGUGACUUGUGGGAGUGGUCUGCAGAAGAGGCUGGUACAGUGCCAGAGUGUGGAUGGACGUCCUGCUGUGGACUGUGAUGGUGCUGACCGGCCCGUGUCAGUAAGAGCAUGCGGGGAUCCGUGUCCCGUGUGGGAUGUUGGGACUUGGUCUCACUGCUCCAAGUCAUGUGGGAGGGGCUUUAAAAGGCGGCUGGUGCGCUGUAUUACCGAGAACGGCCUGAAUCUGCCCAGAGAGCACUGCUCUGGGAAAAGGAAGCCUCAGGAGCUGGACCUGUGCAAUCUGAGGCAAUGCUAGAGCUGAGCAGGCGCAGCCUGGGGGGUUACCUUCAGCAGUCAAGUGAACCUUUAGCCCUAAUCAGCAUGAUAAUGAUUCAUUUGCUGCGUCAGGUGACUGUUACUGUGACUGAAGGGGCUACACCAGAGAGGGCCGUCUUCCAUGGUCUGAAGGACAGACAUUUAUUCCCUAAGAGAAAGGAAGGAGACCGCCCCCUCCCAAACUGUCAAACCUGCAGCGGGAGGUUUGACUCGUGGUUUGUCUACCUCUUCCAGGACUGAUGACCUGAUGCCUGCAUAUACAAAAGACCUUCUAAGACUUAGAGUUUGCAGCAGAGCUGCUGCAUCCUCAAAGACUCCGUUAUGCACAUAAAGACUUUUAAUCGCUGUCGGAAACGUUCAAAAGACUUGUAAACACAGCGCUCACAAACUUCUUGGUAUACCUACACAGGGUGAGAUCUCAAAAGCAUUACUGUGCUGUGAUGAUGUCUUGCCUGUGUACUGGACUUCUCUCAAUACUGAGGAACUGAUGAAAAUGUGAAACAUGGUACUGUAUAUGUCACAUUUAAGGCCUCCUUGAUCCAUGCAGUUUCUACAUGUUCGCUUUCCUUUUAGUUACUGGUGUGUGCGAUGGGCUGUUGUCUGAUAUGGACAAAUAACACAGAACGCAGCUUUACAUGUCUCCAAAAAGAAACAGAUCCAGGUCAUUAGUGACUCUUUAGGGUUAGCGACGGGUUUAAAUAGCACAGAAACUCAGAAAGUGUUAGGGUGACAUGGUGGUGUGGUGGAUCCUGAUUGGUUCAAAUCCAGUCUGGUCCUAUCUGUGUGGAUUUCGGGUGUGUCUCCCGUGUCUGUGCGGUGGACACACAGAGUAACUGGUGAUUCUAAAUUGACCGUGCGCGUGUGUUUGUCUGUCUCUGUACGAGCCCUGUCACAGAGUGAAAUUUUGCGUUAAGUUUUCCUUUCACUCUGGAUGGCUCACAGGUGACCUGGUGGAUGAUGAGAGGUUAGCUAAACAUCAAAGAAUUCCUGAAUUAAUGACCAAAGUAUUAGUAAGUUUCGAGCUGAGCUGAAAUCAUAUUCUAUACAGUGAAUGUAGUCGGUCAGUAUGAUGCUGUUUCUAAUGUGUGUGUCUUUUGUGCAAAGAGCAACAACACAUGUUCAGCUGCUUCUUCUAUGUUGCCAAAGACCUGUAAGCUGGCACAAAGCCUUAGCACAGUGAAACACAGCUCUCUGCAGAGGGGUUUUCAUAUCUGUCCUCAACCUGAAGCUGGCUUGGUACUGACAAACCCUGACCUCCAGGAGGCUUUAGAUCAGGUAAAAACUUGAAAUGGUGGAUUGAUAAAUUCAUGAACUACUGUUCACCCCACUCACCCUCAGAAAUAGAGUCAAAUUCCAUUUGUGUUCCUUUAGGUAACCCCUGCAUGAAUAUACAAACUAGGACUAAAUACCUGGACCUCCAGGUAACUUUGUGUAUCUUUUAAAGUACAUAUAUGUUCUUAUACAUGAAAGCAUACAUGGCUGCACGGCUUCUUCACGUAUGUAGACACAUUCAGUAAAACCUUCAAAUCUAAGAUUAAAAUUAUUAUUUUACAGGUUUCCUUAUUUCUUUAAGAUUUAACACAUUCAGAUUUCAGAAGGUGAUGGUCGGCCAAAGUUGACUUUUCUGUAGAUGCACUCAUGUCCUCCCAAUUAGUCAGUAUUAGCAUACACUAAAUGUACACCUAAUAAAAGGCUAUAGUUCACCUGGUUAAGCAGACAACCCAUAUGAAAAUGUGCCUGUGUUUGUAUCGGCCGCAGACCAUUUUCUGCAGAUUAUUCCCGUCGCUUUGUGGCUGCAUCCCUCCAGUUACAUGGUUUAGGACUAGGCACUCCAUAAAGCACAAACCACAAGGGACCACAAAAGAAACGAUCAGCUGUACCCACUGUACCUUUAAAUGUACAAUAAUGUACUUCACUUUCUAAGUGAAUUUAGCAUUUUGACUGGUUUACCAGACAAAACUAGUGACGUGAAACCACUGCCUUAUGUUUGCCUGCAUUUUACAGACCAAACAAUAGACGUUUGUAGUUUGCUUCCCUCCUCAGUAAAGCUUCUAAAGAUUAUGGAAAUUAAUCCGUUAUUGCAAAAAGAAAUCAUAACUGUCUUGCUAUGUUAUCACUACGUCUAAACCAGUUAUGACAGCAAUGUAAUUUUGACGUAAACUGGAGCCUAAGAAAUGCUUCAGUGACAGACUUUGUGGGAAGAACCAUUCAAGCUGCUGCUUCCAGUUGCUCUUCGAGGGAUCAGUGAAUUUGAACUCAACAGAAAGGUUCAGUGGUAAAAGCAGCAGAAAUCCCUCCAAGUCAAAAUAAGACCUGAAUGCACUGUGAGAAUCUCCCGAAAGCACUUUGUGUAUGAAAAACAAAACACUUGUGCAACUGCUUAACAACAUGGGGCCAAGAAUGUGGAAUAUAACACAAGCAUCUUUCGACAUGGUGUCCAGUUUUGUUUGCUGUGCAGACAGUCCAAGGUUUCACAUUUUAGGUCGCCUGCAGACACUGACAGAUGGGCCAUGCUGUACAUUUAUCUGUGGACAUGAUACAUUUGUCUUUAGUCCCCUGGGAAAAUUCCUGGGAUGAAAAUCUAGCAGGAUAGAUAUAUUUCUACUGACGAGCCACAUCCUCGACUGGACACAGAAUGAGUAAGCUCAGAGACGAUGGCAGGACAAUGGAGCACUAAAACUGCACGCAAAAAAUAAGUCAAUAAUAAUAUUUGUAAUAAAUUUAUAUAGAUAAAAUAUAAAUAAGACUCCCAACCAGAGAAUUUACAAAGAACAAACUGCAGUUUUUAAUUGUUGUUUAAAAGUUAUCCAAACUUAGCUGUGUGAGAAAUCACUCUCUUUAAAUCACGAAUUAACUCUGAUUAACCACAAUGUGUCAGGUUGGUAAAACCACAGCGUGAGCCAUUACCCAUGAUGGGAGAAACCCUGGACCAGUGAUCAACCUUCCCAGCAGUGGCCAGCUCACCAAAGUUAAGAGUGUGUCAGUGAGUCACACAGGAGGUCACAAAAGACCUCAGAACAACAUUAAAGAACUCAGUUAGCUCGGAGGUCAUGAUCCAACCAUAUGAAAGAGGCAAAGGAGAGUUCAAGGAGAAAACCUCUGCUGACCAAAAAGAACAUGUAGGAUGGUCUCACAUUGUCCACAAACAUCUCGAUGAGCCCCAAGUGUGGACUGAUGAGACAAAAACUUUUUGGAAAGUUCAAGUCUCAGUAUUUGGUGUCAAACUAACACAGCCUUUGAUAAAAGGAAAAGUCUUGGUUUUGGGAGUGUGUCUGGUCUGCUUUGCCAACACUGAUGGAAUCAGGAAAUCUGCUGAAAUCCUGAAGGCGACUGUCCGGCUGUCAGAUGGUCCCUCAAAGUCCACUUGACCCAAAAUGACCUGAAACGCAGGACGUUAGUGUCUGGACCUGAAUCCAGCUGAGAUGCUGUGGCAUGACCUUAAACAGGAUG